GUUUGAAACUGCUCGCACUUCUCUUCAAAGCUGGCGCUUCGAAGUUAGGGGAGAGCGCCGCUGACGUGAUAGCCGCCGCCGCUUUCGCCGGGGGAUAAUAAGCCGGGAUCUACCAUACCCAUUGAUUAACUAUGGAAGACUAUACCAAAAUAGAGAAAAUUGGAGAAGGUACCUAUGGAGUUGUGUAUAAGGGUAGACACAAAACUACAGGUCAAGUGGUAGCCAUGAAGAAAAUCAGACUAGAAAGUGAAGAGGAAGGAGUUCCUAGUACUGCAAUUCGGGAAAUAUCUCUAUUAAAAGAACUUCGUCAUCCAAAUAUAGUCAGUCUUCAAGAUGUGCUUAUGCAGGAUUCCAGGUUAUAUCUCAUCUUUGAAUUCCUUUCCAUGGAUCUCAAGAAAUACUUGGAUUCUAUCCCUCCUGGUCAGUUCAUGGAUCCUUCACUUGUUAAGAGUUAUUUGUACCAAAUCCUACAAGGGAUUGUGUUUUGUCACUCUAGAAGAGUUCUACACAGAGACUUAAAACCUCAAAAUCUAUUGAUUGAUGAUAAAGGAACAAUUAAACUGGCAGAUUUUGGCCUUGCCAGAGCUUUUGGAAUACCUAUUAGAGUAUAUACACAUGAGGUAGUAACACUCUGGUAUAGAUCUCCAGAAGUAUUGCUGGGGUCAGCUCGCUACUCAACUCCAGUUGACAUUUGGAGUAUAGGUACCAUAUUUGCUGAAUUAGCAACUAAGAAACCACUUUUCCAUGGGGAUUCAGAAAUCGAUCAACUCUUCAGAAUUUUCAGAGCUUUGGGUACUCCAAAUAAUGAAGUGUGGCCAGAAGUGGAAUCUUUACAGGACUAUAAGAAUACAUUUCCCAAAUGGAAACCAGGAAGCUUAGCAUCCCAUGUCAAAAACUUGGAUGAGAAUGGCUUGGAUCUGCUCUCGAAAAUGUUAGUCUAUGAUCCUGCCAAACGAAUUUCUGGCAAAAUGGCACUGAAUCAUCCAUACUUUAAUGAUUUGGACAAUCAGAUUAAGAAGAUGUAGCUUUCUGACAGAGUUUCCAUGUGUUGUGUCGAGAACAGAUAGCUGUAUUUUUACUGUUAACUGUUUUUGUGUUGUGUAUUUUUCUUUUCUUUGUUGUAAAAUUUAAGCUGUGCCUCAUCUUCUGAUUUCAAAAGUGUAACUUAAAAAUGUAAAUACUGUUCUAUAUGAAUUUAAAUAUAAUAAUUCUGUAUAUGUUUGUA